AUGAACGCCUCGAGCUUCCCGGAUUGCGCCUACCUAGCCUUCGACCCCUCUAGACCUAGUCCACUCAGGCCCGACAGCGUUCGAUCAUACGCGCCAGACACGGGAAACUACUGGUGGAGGAAACGCGUUACACUCAAACGAGACACUACAACAGCUAGCCUUGGGACUACUUGCCAGCACGACAUCACAGCCCGUCCUGCCUACCAUGUGACCGAGGUAGUGCGAACAAGAGUUGCCAUUGUCACAAUUCGUCGUCGAGUCGGCUGUCCGACGCUCCGUCAUAUCAUAUGUCUGAGCCUACUCUGA